GCUUGUUUCACAGCACAAAAACAACAAGGAUGAAGAUUUCAAGCGACGAUGAUGUAACAGACAUAACCGAGGGGAUGUUUAGGUUGCAGAAAGGCCAUCAGCGUUGUCCCUCUUCCCCGCUGCGCUGCGCUUCAAAAUAAACGCCAGGAGGCUUGAAUAUCGACUGCACUGCAGAUGAAUGUCUGUGCCUUUUCGUGCCCCUGCAUUUGUUGUUGUUAGCUGCUCAUGCUAACCAUAGAAGUUGCGAGCUAGCUGGCCUAGCAAGCUCAUGGUUAGAGCGAGAAGAAAAUUAGCCUCAUAUGUUUGAUUUACUUAAUAUUGUCCGGCGAGUAAACUCGGCGUUGUGUGGCUGAUGGAGCCAACAAGUAUUGGCGCCAGUAGUCCAAGAACUGCAGUUUUUAAUCUUUUUAAAUACAAUCCGUAGUAAGGUUUGUUACCUUAGCUAGCUGUUCAGUUAGCCACCACUAUGAGUAGAAAACACCAUCAUUUAAAAGGAGCAGAAGUCAGCUGCUGCGUCAAAUACUUCUUAUUUGGAUUUAACAUUUUAUUCUGGUUACUCGGAGCAGCAUUCUUGGGCAUAGGCCUGUGGGCAUGGGCGGAGAAGGGUGUGCUGUCCAAUCUGUCAUCCAUCACAGACCUGGGGGGCUUCGACCCAGUAUGGCUCUUUAUUGUUGUCGGAGGGGUCAUGUUUGUCCUCGGCUUCGCUGGCUGUAUUGGAGCGCUCAGAGAGAACACCUUCCUACUUAAAUUUUUUUCUGUGUUCCUGGGUUUGAUCUUCUUCUUGGAGCUGACUACGGGGAUCCUCGCCUUCGUCUUCAAAGACUGGAUCAAAGACCAGCUCAACUUUUUCAUCAACAACAACGUCAAGGCAUACCGCGAUGACAUCGACUUGCAGAAUCUCAUUGACUUUGCCCAAGAAUAUUGGUCAUGCUGUGGAGCUCAUGGGCCCGACGACUGGAACCUGAACAUCUACUUCAACUGCACUGAGCUGAACCCCAGCAGGGAGCGCUGUGGAGUCCCCUUCUCCUGCUGUGUCAAAGACCCUGCAGAGGAUGUCAUCAACACGCAGUGCGGCUAUGAUGUUCGACUUCAAGGGGAGCUGGACCGGCAGAAAUAUAUCUAUACCAAGGGCUGUGUGGGACAGUUUGAAAGAUGGCUUCAGGACAACCUGAUUAUUGUUGCUGGAAUCUUUGUCGGUAUUGCACUUUUACAGAUUUUUGGUAUCUGCCUCGCUCAAAACCUGGUGAGUGACGUCAAGGCCGUCAAAGCCAACUGGUGACAGGAGAGGAAGUGAAGCAAGGGAACCCCGCCCCUCAGGACCAACAAGGUCAACACAGCACACAAACAGCCCUGUCCGCUAGAGGACGGAGAGCCGAGAACGUUCAACUCAGUCCACAUUGCCACUGAGUUAAGCAGCACACAUGUACACACAGCAUAAAAUAAGUUUACCUGCCUGAUGAUCAGUGACACUUGAACGGGGAGAACAAAAAUCCCCACACAAACCAAACAGUCAACACUUUGUUUACCACUCAGCUGGGAUUUUAACCCAAAUAUACAGAGGAUGAUCCUGCCUACUUCAGUUAGAUUCUUCUUUUUUUUCCUAUUUCCUCUCAUUUUGUUGUUGGACAAGUGUAUUUAUCUGGGGCACAGUUGCACUCGGACUCCUGUCAGCUAGGAGAUUGGAAGAUCGAAAAUAAGAGACAACAAAGAAACAAAGCAAAAGUGACAACAGGUCCCCUUUUUAGGUGAAGCGUUACAUUGUCAAUGAGCCAGUCUCCACUCUGCGAGGAGUUGAACAUCUCCUCCUACAAACACCCUGUUUUAAGCGUGCUUAUCUCCACUUGUUGCUUUAGGGCAAGCGUGGUUGGCUGGCUGGGCGGGAAACAAGAACAAGGAAUCCUUUGCGUGUAAUAUUUUUCCAUUGUGACCUUUUUAUGACCACUGAAAGACUCCGGACACUGGCUGGUCAAGUCUGCAACUUCAAAUCAUUUCAGGAGAUUGAACUCCAAAUGUAAAAAGUGCCAUUAAUUUUCAGUGACAUUUUUGUCUUCUUCUCUUUCUUUACAUGGAAAUUCUGCUCCCUGCCCCCACUGUACCUCAGGGCCUCCCGAAGAUAUAUGCUUUAUGCCACCGGUUAAGAGCAUAUCUUUAUUUUUUGUUCCAUCCAUAUCUGUUGAAUUUAGAUAGACUAACUUAAAGCAGACAGCUCCUCGUAUGUGGUCCUGUUUGCCCUGCAGUGAUUGUAUUAUCUGUUGAUUUACUGAAGGAUUUAUAGUAUAGAGAGCGGCCUGGUGUGGUUAUGGUGGCAGGUCUUUGCUAUACAGGGAAAAUGGUUUCAUGAUAGUCGAGAAAGUUUUUAUCUGAGCAUCCCUCAGGCACAUGGGAUUGCUGGUUCGGGGCCUUUUUACUUGACUAUGUUACCACACUUGUCUUAUAUUUUGUCCUUUUGCUUAUUGAAAUAUUUUUUUAUAAAUAAGAUGAGCUCUAUUAAUACGUUUCUUUCCUGUCCUUUCAAAGACUUUUAUUCUGAACUGAUUGUUUGACUUCAGCAGGCACCUGUUUAUACCUCUUGACCCCUCAGUCAACUGCUAUAUAGCUUCCUACUUUUGACGUUGUUAGCAGUCCUUAUGGAGACCAAAUAAUAUCAGCUGGCCACACGAUAACUCUCAAGGUUUUGUCUGGCUUCAAUUCUGAUUUUUAUUAGGAAUGCCAAGAACAAACAAAUAGCGUUUCUACACAGCCAAAAUGUGAAUUUAUUGUCCUUUCAUGUUGGAAGUGCCAGUUGAAAUGAGAAAUCAAACAAAAAAAUUAAAAACGAGAAUAUCGCUUUUA